AUGCUUCGUUCCAGCCAAAUUGUCCGCAAUAGUAAACUCUUUUGCCAACAGCAGCAACAGCAUAAUUGCUCAAAGCAAUGGCUCGCAAAGCGAUUUUCUUCAACAUCAAUACAAUCAAGCUAUCAACAUCUUAGCACUCGUAAGCAGUCCUUUAUUCCUAAAUCUGGCAUAUACCCUAUGGGCUUCCGCGCUAGUGGUGUUGCUGCAAAUAUCAAGAAAAAUAAAAACAAAGAUGUUGCUUUAAUUGUGUCUGAUACGCCCUGCACAGCCGCAGCUGUCUUCACCACGAAUAAGUUCCAAGCAGCUCCAGUCAUCGUCAGUAAAGAAACACUUUCUCUCAAUAACGAUCAAAUAUAUGCAGUGGUAACAAAUUCAGGCUGCGCUAACGCUGUGACAGGAUCGCAAGGUUUGCUAGAUGCUCAAAAAAUGCGGUCUAUUGUUGAUGAACUCGUCCAACAAAAAAAUUCAGCCCUAACUAUGUCAACAGGCGUCAUCGGCCAGCCACUACCAAUGGAAAAAGUUGAACGGGGUAUUCGCAAUGCUUAUACAGAGUUAUCAGCCGAUCAUCAGGAAGGCUGGAUGAAAGCAGCUGAAGCAUUUAUGACCACGGAUACUUUUCCCAAGUUAAAAAGUGGAGAAUUCAAAUCUUCCCAAGAGAAAAGUUUCAGAAUAGCUGGUAUUGCCAAAGGUGCAGGCAUGAUCCAUCCCAACAUGGCCACUUUGUUAGGAUUCAUGGUCACGGACGCUUAUGUUAGACCCGAUUUGCUAAAGAAAGCAUUAACUCACGCCGUAGACCGAAGUUUCAAUUCCAUCAGUGUGGACGGCGACAUGAGUACCAAUGACACGAUUUCUGUGUUGGCAAAUGGUCAAAGUCAAGUGAGGAUAGAGACAGAAGGAAGAGAUUAUGAAGUAUUUAGGGAUACGUUGACUUCUUUCGCGGCAGAGUUGGCACAAUUAGUAGUCAGGGACGGUGAAGGUGCAACAAAGUUUGUUACUCUUCAUGUCAAGGGCUGCGAAUCAUUUGAAUUAGCCAAGAAAGCAGCCUCUCAUAUUUCAACUUCUAUGUUGGUCAAAUCUGCGUUGUACGGACAGGAUGCAAACUGGGGUAGAAUAUGCGCCAGUCUCGGACACAGCGGAUUGGAUUUCGAUCCUGCUAAAGUCAGUGUCACAUUUGUUCCUGCUGAUGGCAGCGAGAACUUGAAACUCAUGGUGAAAGGUGAGCCCGAAACCGUUGAUGAAGAAAGAGCUGCAGAAAUUUUGAAAAUGGAAGAUUUGCAAAUCGAAGUUGACCUUGGAUUAGGCAAGAGUGAGACUAAGUUCUGGACAUGUGAUUUAAGCCAUGAAUAUGUUAGUAUUAAUGCUGACUAUCGUUCGUAA